CCGCCCCGUCCGACGCUAGGGGGCGCCGCAGGCUGCCCGGCGCGCGGCUCGCGGCCCGGGAGCGCCGGGGCUAGGUGGCGGCGGCCAUGGACCGAUUCGUUUGGACCAGCGGCCUCCUGGAGAUCAACGAGACCCUGGUGAUCCAGCAGCGCGGGGUGCGAAUCUACGAUGGCGAGGAGAAGAUAAAAUUUGAUGCUGGGACUCUCCUUCUUAGUACACACCGACUGAUUUGGAGAGAUCAGAAAAAUCAUGAGUGUUGCAUGGCCGUUCUCCUUUCCCAAAUUGUGUUCAUUGAAGAACAGGCAGCUGGAAUUGGGAAGAGUGCCAAAAUAGUGGUUCAUCUUCACCCAGCUCCUCCUAACAAAGAACCUGGCCCAUUCCAGAGUAGUAAGAACUCCUACAUCAAACUCUCCUUCAAAGAACAUGGUCAGAUUGAGUUUUACAGGCGUUUAUCAGAGGAAAUGACACAGAGAAGAUGGGAGAAUAUGCCAGUUUCCCAGUCAUUACAAACAAAUAGAGGACCCCAGCCAGGAAGAAUAAGGGCUGUAGGAAUUGUAGGUAUUGAAAGGAAACUGGAAGAAAAAAGAAAAGAAACUGACAAAAACAUUUCUGAGGCCUUUGAGGACCUCAGCAAACUAAUGAUCAAGGCUAAAGAAAUGGUGGAGUUAUCAAAAUCAAUUGCUAAUAAAAUUAAAGACAAACAAGGUGACAUCACAGAAGAUGAGACCAUCAGGUUUAAAUCCUACUUGCUGAGCAUGGGAAUCGCUAACCCAGUUACCAGAGAAACCUACGGCUCAGGCACACAGUACCACAUGCAACUGGCCAAACAGCUGGCUGGAAUAUUGCAGGUGCCUUUAGAGGAACGAGGGGGAAUAAUGUCACUCACGGAGGUGUACUGCUUAGUAAACCGAGCUCGAGGAAUGGAAUUGCUCUCACCAGAAGAUUUAGUGAAUGCGUGCAAGAUGCUGGAAGCACUGAAAUUACCUCUCAGGCUCCGUGUGUUUGACAGUGGCGUCAUGGUAAUUGAGCUUCAAUCUCACAAGGAAGAGGAAAUGGUGGCCUCGGCCCUGGAGACAGUUUCAGAAAAGGGAUCCCUAACAUCGGAAGAGUUUGCUAAGCUUGUGGGAAUGUCUGUCCUCCUAGCCAAAGAAAGGUUGCUGCUUGCAGAGAAGAUGGGCCAUCUUUGCCGUGAUGACUCAGUGGAAGGCCUGCGUAUACGUUUUGCAAAUUUAUUUAUGACACAGAGCUAA